AGCAUGCUCAGUCCCCUCUGUGUUGUCAGGGAGAAUAUAAGACAGCGGUCGGAGCAGAGAUCUCCAAUAGAUAAACACACGGACACACACACACCGGCCGGCAGCACACAGACUCAACCAGACUCAGCUAUCAAGGGGGGAAUGUGGAUACUGUGUUUUUGAUGAGCAUUUCAAAGGGAGCGUUUUGGUUCUAUUGUGUUAUUCAGUGUGAGAGCGGCCGUUGGUAGAGCAGGAGGAGGAUAAGGAGGAAGGCAAGGACAGCAUCCUCUCCAUCGCGGAUGACGGUUCACCCGGGGGCUGUUGGAGGAUGAUGACGAGUGCCUGAGAGAGCCGUGUGUUUCUGUCUGCUCUUCGCUUCCCUCGACUCGCUCGGCUACGAUGGACCACAGUGGGGAGAGACCGAACCUGUUCUGAGAUAGCCCUAUGAACCGCAGACCAAAUGGAUAUCAAAGGCCAGUGCUGGACAGACGAGGAGUCUGACGGGGAGAACGAGUCGGAGCAGUUCCUGUACGGAAUCCAGGGGAGCUGUGCUGCUGACCUGUACCGCCACCCUCAGCUCGAUGCUGACAUCGAGGCCGUGAAAGAUAUCUACACCGACAGUGCUGUCUCCGUGAGGGAGUAUGGCACCAUCGAUGACGUGGACAUUGAUCUCCAAAUCAACAUCGGUUUCUUAGACGAGGAGGUUGCUACAGCCUGGAAGGUGAUCAGGACAGAGCCUAUUAUUCUGAGACUGCGUUUCUCUCUGUCUCAGUACCUCGAUGGACCAGAGCCGUCUGUGGAGGUGUUCCAGCCCUCCAACAAAGAGGGCUUCAGUCUUGGCCUUCAGCUGAAGAAGAUCCUGAGCACCUUCACCUCCCAGCAGUGGAAACACCUCAGCAACGAGUUCUUGAAGGCCCAGCAGGAGAAGAGACACAGCUGGUUCAAAGCUGGAGGAACCAUCAAGAAGUUCAGAGCGGGCCUCAGCAUCUUCUCCCCCAUCCCCAAGUCGCCCAGCUUCCCCCUGAUCCAGGACACGGUGCUGAAGGGCAAACUGAGCGUCCCGGAGCUCAGAGUGACCCGGCUCAUGAACCGCUCCAUCUCCUGCACCAUGAAGAACCCUAAAGGAGAGCUGUUCAGCUACCCGCCCAGCAGCCAGACCGUGGCUGUCCCGGCGGCCAGAGCCCCAGCGCAGAUCACCACCCGGCAGCUGAUUGAACUGUUUUUCUCAUCCCAGGCCGGCGGCCACUGCAAGAACAUCCCCACCCUGGAAUAUGGCUUCUUAGUGCAGAUAAUGAAGUACUCGGAGCAGAGGAUUCCCACGCUCAACGAGUACUGCGUGGUGUGUGACGAACAGCACGUCUUCCAGAACGGGUCCAUGCUGAAGCCUGCUGUCUGUACCAGGGAACUGUGUGUGUUCUCCUUCUACACGCUGGGUGUGAUGUCCGGGGCUGCUGAGGAGGUCGCCACUGGGGCAGAGGUGGUUGACCUUCUGGUGGCCAUGUGCAGAGCUGCUCUGGAGUCUCCUCGUAAGAGCAUCAUCUUCGAGCCCUACCCCUCCGUGGUCGACCCCAAUGACCCCAAGACUCUGGCCUUCAACCCAAAGGUCAUAUCAACAACAACAAAGAAGAACUACGAGAGGCUGCAGAAAGCCCUGGACAGCGUCAUGUCCAUCCGAGAGAUGACCCAGGGCUCCUAUCUGGAGAUCAAGAAGCAGAUGGAUAAGCUGGACCCUCUGGCCCACCCCCUGCUGCAGUGGAUCAUCUCCAGUAACAGGUCCCACAUCGUCAAGCUGCCCCUCAGUCGGCAACUCAAGUUCAUGCACACCUCCCACCAGUUCCUGCUCCUCAGCAGCCCUCCGGCCAAGGAGGCUCGCUUCCGCACGGCCAAGAAGCUGUACGGGAGCACCUUCGCCUUCCAUGGUUCCCAUAUAGAGAACUGGCACUCCGUUCUGAGAAAUGGACUAGUCAAUGCCUCUUAUACCAAACUGCAGCUGCACGGGGCAGCCUAUGGAAAGGGCAUCUAUCUCAGCCCGAUCUCCAGCAUUUCUUUUGGAUACUCAGGAAUGGGGAAAGGACAGCACCGCAUGCCCACCAAAGAUGAGUUGGUGCAGCGCUACAACCGCAUGAACACCAUCCCACAGAACGCUUCCUGUCAGCAGAGUCGCCCCAUUCAAUCAAGGUUCCUUCAGAGUCGAAACCUGAACUGCAUCGCUCUGUGUGAAGUGAUCACGUCUAAAGACCUGCAGAAGCACGGGAACAUCUGGGUGUGUCCCGUGUCUGACCAUGUCUGCACGCGCUUCUUCUUCGUGUACGAGGACGGCCAGGUGGGCGACGCCAACAUCAACACCCAGGAGCCCAAGGUCCAGAAGGAGAUCAUGCGUGUGAUCGGGACCCAGAUCUACUCUAGCUAAUGGAGAGCCUCACCCCCCACAACAAGCUCCUCCCCUUCUGGCCCUCAGGAGACCCACUGGUACCCCCACACGCACGGACGGACGGACGGACAGCGUUCAGAUACAGCCUCAGCCUCAGUCCCAAAAGGCUGACAGCAAAUUUGUUUUUCGCAGAAACAAUAUAUCAGACUUGUUUUUCUUGUGGUUCUCCUCUUUUGUUGUUGUUUACCUCGCCUUGUGUUGUGAGAGCUCACUCAGCUGCAGUCAGCUGCCUUCAGGCUACGCGCGUCGUUUCUUUCUCUCUGUCCAAAAAACUGUUUUGCUGUUGCCUCAGACACUCGCAGUACAACCAGAGCCUCGGCGUGGGACAGAGUUUACACACGCACACACAUCCAGGUGGACGCACACAAACACACACAGACACUCACGGUGUGUGGACGUACAACAAACCUGUGGAAUGACACACAAAGGAAACGAUUCAGGCAGUGGGCACAAGGUCUGCUCCUCGCUCAAACAUGUGUGCUCUCAAACACUGAAACACACGCACACACACACACCCACAACCCCCCCCCCCCCCCCCCACGCACACACACACAAAAUGCCUUUCCUUUCAAACCUAUUUUCCAUUUCCUCUCCAGUUUUGUCAAAGCAUCUUUUGUUCUUAUAUCAGCUGUGAUUUCACUGAUCCUUUGGUCUCUCACUCUCUCUCUCUCUCUCUCUCGCUCUCGUUCUCGCUCUCGCUCUCUCUCUCUCUCUCUCUCUCUCUCUCUCUCUCUCUCUCUCUCUCUCUCUCUCUCUCUCUCUCUCUCUUUCUCUCAAUCUCUCUCUCAUUUAUCUUUGUGAAUAUCUAGUGGAAAAAGGAAUCAUUCCAAUGCUAAUGAGCGCCCUUUGUGGUCUGAAUAAUUGAUGGUCUUACCUGCGUAUAGAAGUUUGAUCUCUUGAUGUGUUUGCAUUACCGCUCUGUUGCGUAUGUUUGCUAUUCUUUUGCUAAUGACGACAGUCGAACCGUGCGGGUCGGAAGGCAUUACCCCACUCGGCUGCACUCAACAACACAAGGAGAACCAGAACGCUGUCCCGUGCGGCGUGAAUCCACCCCUUCAUGUUUGGCUUUCUUGUCUUUGUUGGGAACAUCGCUACUGAACGGCUCUUUGAAGCCACCGCUUCUCAAAACGGCCAGCUCAAAUUUAUCCAACAGUUUUGCAGUUCCAGUUCCCGUCUUCGUACGAGAUGACGGUAAUAUUAUGAAAAUGAACUGAGUUGAAUAUCCAAUCCCCUGUGAGGGGGCCCAUAAUGUAAUUGGCUGAGACUGAGCGAGGCCCAUCUUGUACAGUUACUGCAGCUCAUCCAAUACCUGUGUCAUGUGGGUGGGUGCGAAUGUCCGUGCUUCUGCGUAGUGCGUGUACGUAUGUAUACAUGUGUGUGUAUGUGUGUGUAUUUGCUCAAUUAUAAUAGACAUUACACUUAUUUACCAUCGGCUCAGCCGGGAGAAACAGACCAGUGGAUCAGACCAGUGGAUCAGACCAGUACAGACCAGUCGCCAUUGCCCUCGUCUCGUCUCGUCUGGAUUGGACCAGUGUCGGCUGGCUGUCCUGGUUGUGGAGACGGGUUAGAGGUUGAGGAGGUGUGUGUUAUGGCCAAGUGUAAAUAAGGACACGGGAGACAUUGUUGAAUGAGGAUGUUUGCCAGAAGGAGGUGCACGCAUUCAGAGACUCCAGAGGGGGAACUUUAACGCCUUAGCCCCUACCCCUACAGCUAAAAGAGUUUAAUCUGAUGUCAUGAUUAAUGCCUGUUUUUGUCAAGUCAAUACGCCGAGAAAAUAUAUUCCACAGUCUCUCUCUCCCUACCCCUUUCUCUCCUACAUUUACAUUUACAUUUAGGGCAUUUAGCAGACGCUUUUAUCCAAACCUCUCUCUGUCAUUCUCUCACUCGCCCUUCCUUACCCUUUCUAUCUGCCUCCCUUCUUCUCCAUCCCUCCCUCACUCGCUCCCUCCCUCUUUCUUUCUCUUUGUCUGCCUAUCUUUCUGGCUCACCCUGCUGUUGUUUUGAAGAUAAUGAUGACAAUAAUGGUUGUAAUUAUACUGAUGGUAAUGAUAAUGAUGAUGAUGAUGACGAUGAAAGGUUAUGAUAAAAAUAAUAAAGACCGAUUUUGCACAAUUUUA